AUGCGGGCUCUGUCCGGUCCUGGGAGGGGGGCUGGCUGGGUGCGGGGCUGGACGGGCGCCCGUCUCGCGGGAGUCCGGCACAGAGGGCUGGAGCGAUUCCGGCUCCCGGCGGCGCGGGACCGGCGGGAGGGACCCCUGCUUUCCCGGCGGCGCCGGGCAGCGCCGGGCGGGACGAGCGCCGAGGAUCUCCAGGCACCCGGGCGGCUCGGCGCGGGGCCCGAGCGAUCCCUCUUCCCGGGCGCCGAGGGCAGCGGACUCCGCGCGGGCCACCUCCGAAGUGACCCCGGUCCCCAGGCACGGCCGGGUAGGUCGGAGCCGUCCGCUCCCCCGGCUCUCGGGGCGCUCCGGGGUCCCGUACCGACCCGGCAGGUUGGGCGGCGGAGGAGAGGUUCACACGCUCCCUGCCGGACCUGCGCCCGAGUGAGCAGCCGCACCAAGGUGGCGCCCGAGGAGCGCGGGGCUCCACCCUGCGCUGCCAGCCAGCCGCGCGGCACUGCCGCCGGCCCGGGACCCGCGUUCUGGGUGGACCCGUCGCCGUCCCCCGAGCCCCGGCCCGCUCCGGAGCCCGCGAGGGGCGGCGAUCGCCGAGGGCCGGCCGGGAGGAGGCCGAGGAGCCCCCGCCGAGGAGCCGAGCGCCUAGGAGCCGCGGCGGAGACCGCGCGGGCGGACCGUACCCGCCAGCACCCGCGAUCGGGGCAACCAGGACCCCGCGACCGGGGCCGCCAGCGACCCCAAGACCGGGGUCGCCCACGGCCCCACGAUCGGAACCACGACAGACCCAUGAUCGGGUCACCAGAGACUCCACGAUCGGGCAGCCCACAGCCCCUCGAUCGGGGCCAUGAGAGACCCCAAGACGGGGCUAGCCAGUGA